UUGAAUGGAUAGCUUUCUUCUCCGCUCUUCCCCAGACGAGGGACACGCAGCGGAGCGCACGGACUGGGGAUAUCGCAGGCAAAGUUGUUGAAUGUGCAAUUAUAUUGCAGCAGCCAUUGUUGUAUCCAUUAUUGGCUACCUUGUGUCAGGUAGCUAAGCUAGCUGUAAACCGGCUAUUUGCUCCACCAGGUGCGGGUCGUCUCUUUGCUCCACACUUCCCGGUGGAAAGCAGGGAUCAUUUAGCUCCUUUCAGUGGGCCUCCCUCGUCGGAGCCCCGACUCAUCCAGCCACCCGCCGUCAACCAGCUACCCACCAAAGGCGCCGAAAUUGGGCGAAUAGCGAGCAAAUACGUCCGCGUUUCUUUACCCGCUCCCCCGCCGACCUCCCCUCCUCACUCCCCGGCGCUGACAGCGGACAAGGCCGAGGUCGCAGCAGAGCAGGCCCGGCCGCCUAGGCUCGACCGGUCCACCCCACCUCCGCAUCCUACCACACCUCAGCAUCAGCAGUCCAGAACCCGGUUCCCAUCCGAACCGGCCCUGGACAACGUCGACGGUAACAAAGAUAGCAGGGAGACCCGCAUCACGACGACAAAAGCUGCCGACAUGAACCACCACCAUCACCACACGCAGCAGCAGAAAGCCGGCGAGCAGCAGCUCAGUGAGCCGGAGGACAUGGAGAUGGAAGCUGGUGACACUGACGACCCUCCAAGAAUUCCAGCCAACCCAGUAAUCAAUGGCAACUUGGCCAUGGCAGACGGACACAACAACACAGAGGAGGACAUGGAGGACGGUGAGGAGGACACCAGCUGGCGGUCAGAAGCGACUUUCAGGUUUGUGGUGGAGCGCUUCAGCCGCCUGAGCGAGUCGGUGCUCAGCCCCUCCUGCUUUGUCCGCAACCUCCCAUGGAAGAUCAUGGUGAUGCCACGCUUCUACGCUGACCGGCCACACCAGAAGAGCGUGGGCUUCUUCUUGCAGUGUAACGCCGAGUCAGACUCCACGUCAUGGUCGUGCCACGCACAGGCAAUGCUCAAGAUCAUCAACUACAAAGAUGAUGAGAAAUCCUUCAGUCGCAGGAUCGUUCACUUGUUCUUCCACAAAGAGAACGACUGGGGCUUUUCCAACUUUAUGUCCUGGAGCGAUGUGACCGACCCAGAGAGGGGUUUUAUUGAUGAUGACAAAGUCACAUUUGAGGUCUACGUCCAGGCAGAUGCCCCACAUGGAGUGGCUUGGGACUCAAAGAAACACACAGGCUAUGUUGGUCUCAAGAACCAAGGAGCUACAUGCUACAUGAACAGCCUGCUACAGACACUCUUCUUCACCAACCAGCUACGUCGGGCGGUGUACAUGAUGCCCACGGAGGGAGACGACUCAUCCAAAAGCGUUCCUCUGGCCCUGCAGAGGGUUUUCUACGAGCUGCAACACAGUGACAAGCCUGUCGGCACCAAGAAACUCACAAAGUCCUUUGGGUGGGAAACCCUAGAUAGUUUCAUGCAACAUGAUGUGCAAGAGCUCUGCAGAGUGCUCCUGGACAAUGUGGAGAAUAAAAUGAAAGGCACUUGUGUUGAGGGAACCAUCCCUAAGCUCUUCAGGGGAAAGAUGGUGUCAUAUAUCCAGUGCAAGCAUGUGGACUACCGAUCAGAGCGGAUAGAGGAUUACUACGACAUUCAGCUUAGCAUAAAAGGAAAGAAGAACAUUUUCGAGUCAUUUAAGGAUUAUGUUGCAACCGAACAGUUAGACGGAGACAACAAAUAUGACGCAGGAGAGCAUGGCCUGCAGGAAGCAGAAAAAGGAGUGAAGUUCCUUACUUUCCCUCCCAUCCUUCACCUGCAGCUGAUGAGGUUCAUGUAUGACCCACAGACCGACCAAAACAUCAAGAUUAAUGACAGGUUUGAGUUUCCAGACCAGUUACCACUGGAUGAGUUCCUUCAGAAGCCUGACUCCAAGGACCCAGCCAACUACAUCCUGCACGCUGUGCUGGUGCACAGCGGGGACAACCAUGGCGGUCACUACGUCGUCUAUCUUAACCCCAAAGGAGACGGCAAAGUGAGUGUCAAGGAACCAAUAUGGUGCAAGUUCGAUGAUGAUGUGGUGUCACGCUGCACCAAGGAGGAGGCCAUCGAGCACAACUACGGUGGACACGAUGACGACCUCUCAGUUCGCCACUGCACCAACGCGUACAUGUUGGUCUACAUACGGGAGUCCAAGCUCAGUGAGGUGCUGCAACCCAUGACAGAUGUGGACAUCCCCCAGCAGCUGGUGGAGCGCCUCCAGGAGGAGAAGAGGGUAGAGGCCCAGAAGAGGAAGGAACGUCAAGAGGCUCAUCUCUACAUGCAAGUUCAGAUGGUGACGGAGGAUCAGUUCUGUGGUCAUCAGGGGAAUGACAUGUAUGAUGAGGAGAAGGUGAAGUACACGGUCUUCAAAGUCUUGAAGAGCUCUACGCUGCAAGAGUUUGUUCAGAACCUCUCCCAGACCAUGGGUUUCCCGCAGGAGCAGAUGAGGUUGUGGCCCAUGCAAGCCCGUAGCAACGGAACUAAGCGACCCGCUAUGCUCGACUACGAGGCUGACUGCAACAAGUCUAUGAUUGGCUUGAGUGACAAUGAGAAUCCAUGGACAAUAUUCCUGGAGACCGUGGAUGCCGAGCUAGCAGCCAGUGGGGCCACGUUACCCAAGUUUGACAAAGAUCAUGAUGUCAUGUUGUUCUUGAAGAUGUAUGACCCAAAAACGAGGAGCUUAAAUUAUUGUGGACAUAUCUACACGCCUAUAUCCUGCAAAAUAAGAGACCUGCUGCCAGUCAUGUGUGAGCGAGCAGGGUUUCAGCAGGAAACUAGCCUUAUCCUCUAUGAGGAAGUAAAGCCCAACCUAACAGAGCGCAUACAGGACUAUGACGUCUCCCUUGACAAGGCCCUGGAUGAGCUCAUGGACGGGGACAUCAUUGUCUUCCAGAAGGACGACCCAGAGAACGACAGCAGUGAGCUGCCAACGGCCAAGGAAUAUUUCCGGGAUCUGUACUACAGAGUGGAUGUCAUCUUUUGCGACAAGACCAUCCACAACGACCCGGGCUUCGUGGUCACGCUCUCUAACCGCAUGAACUAUUUUCAGGUGGCUAAGACGGUAGCGCAGAGACUGAACACGGAUCCAAUGCUGCUGCAGUUCUUUAAGUCACAGGGGUACAGGGACGGUCCAGGGAAUCCUCUCAGACACAACUAUGAGGGAACACUCCGGGACCUGCUGCAAUUCUUUAAGCCCCGGCAGCCCAAGAAACUGUACUAUCAGCAGUUGAAAAUGAAGAUCACCGACUUUGAGAACAGGAGGAGCUUUAAAUCCAUAUGGCUCAACACCCAGUUCAGAGAGGAGGAGAUCACCCUCUAUCCUGACAAGCACGGCUGUGUUCGGGACCUGUUGGAUGAAUGUAAAAAGGCAGUGGAGCUCUCUGAAAAAGGCUCUGAGAAGCUCAGGCUGUUAGAGAUAGUAAGCUAUAAAAUCAUCGGGGUUCACCAGGAGGACGAGCUUCUAGAAUGUUUAUCUCCGGCUGCCAGUCGCACCUUCAGAAUAGAGGAGAUUCCUAUGGACCAGGUGGAUCUGGACAAGGACAGUGAACUGCUCAUCCCAGUCGCUCAUUUUCACAAGGAGGUCUUCGGCACGUUUGGGAUCCCAUUUUUGCUCAAAAUCAGACAGGGAGAGUCUUUUCGGGAGGUGAUGAGGAGGAUCCAAACUAUGUUGGAUAUCCAGGAGAAAGAGUUUGAAAAGUUCAAGUUUGCGAUUGUGAUGAUGGGUCGGCAUCAGUACAUCACCGAAGAUGAGUACGAGGUCAACCUAAAGGACUUUGAACCACAGCCAGGUAACAUGUCCCACCCGCGCCCCUGGCUUGGGUUGGAUCACUUCAACAAAGCUCCAAAGAGAGGGCGCUACACCUACCUGGAGAAAGCAAUCAAAAUCCACAACUAAAGCAGCCCGUCCUUCCUUGUUUGGUCCUCCUCCUUCCUCUUACUGCCCCUGCCUUCCUCUCGACCCACUUCACACCAUAACUGACUGUAACCAACCGUGUGUGUGUGUGUGUGUGUGUGUGUGUGUGAGAGAGUGUGCUCGACACCCUGCCUGGACCCCUACAAGCGCCACACUGGCACUGUCUUCAGCCGAUAUCGCUGCAGCUGAUGGAUCAUCCCUUAUCAAAGUAAAUUGCACCAACCAUUCCCCCCACCCUCAGGCCCCUUUUUUCUUUCUUUUUUUUUUUUUUGUUUUUUGUUUUAAUUAAGCCAAGCCCUUUCAUAUUACGAGCCUUUUCAUUUCUUUCCCCGGCUUCUCUUAACUGUUGGUUGCCUGUUUUUGUUGCCUGGGAGUGGCAGAAAUGGAAUUUUAAUAAGUGGAGACGUGAGUAUAAAAUAUUAUACUAUAAUGUAUAUAUCUAUAAAUAUACAUAACAAAAGUUCUAGACUUAAUUCCCCCCACCCACCCCUUCCAUAUCACGUUUUUCCCGUUUUAGUUUUUUUCCUGUUUUGUUUUGGGUUUGAUUUUUUUUUUUUUUUUUUUUUUUUUUUUUUUUUUUUUUUUUUUUUUUUUUUUUUUUUUUAAAUGAAGACUUGCUUGAAGAGGCGUCAUGCUGCUGUGAGGACAGUUUAAUAGAAGUACGUUUGCAAGUACUAACUGACAGGGAGAGGGACGAAGGCCACUUUUGACCAAGAAUUUGUCAACAAGAAGAGAAGUGCUGGGAAAGUGGUGGCAUCCAUCCUCGUUUUGCAAAGCCUCAGUGUGCUUCUUACAUUUUCUGCUCCCAUCCUUUUUAGUGCAACGAGAAAAAAAAAAAAAAAGUAUUUCCACGUUUACGCACAGUUCUUUCUCACUUAGUUUUGUUGGGAGCAAAAAUAAUUUGUCUUUCUGCAGAACUUGUAUUAUUAUAAAGUAAUAAGAUUCCAAUGCAUAUGUUUAAAAAAAAUAAUAAAUGGGAAAAAAAUGAGGAAGGAUUUUGUCUGUAUUUCAUCUUGCACAUUGGUACUUAAUGUCAGGGGUUUCUCAGGAUUGGUAAAAAUGUACAUUUUGGCAGUUUGGGCUUCUUUUUGUGAGAAACACAACAGACCAGCGCCGAGUUCGCUUUUCUUAGUCGUUCCUUCUCUGGUACUAAACGAGCGUGGUCUUCUUCCUCCAUCCCUCCCAUCUCCUUGAGUGAAAGUGUCGCCCCCGCGUGGUUGGGAGCAGUAAGUGCAUGGUGCUUGGCAGGGAGCUUGCAGACUUGUACGUAAGAGCUGGCGCGGUUAAGAGGAUGGUGUAGAGGCAAAAACCAGCAUUGUAGGAAAACACUAAUCCCUAUGAAAUUAUUUUUCUUUUGAAAGCACAGAUGGAAUGCUCCUCUCAUAGCGCAUAGCGGGCUCUGUAAAGACAACAUUUAAGAAUUGUAUAUUUAAAAAAAAAAUAUGGACAUGUAAAAUGUAAAGAGGAACACUCGCCUUUGUUGUUGGGUACAGAAGGAGCCGGUUGUUCAUAUUUCUUGUGUGUAGGCUUUUUUCUUUUUUUUUUUUCUUUUGCGUUCCUGAUGUACCAUUUGACAAUUCUAUUGUUACAUUUUGGUUUGUUUUCCAAACUAACUGCAACGGGUUUGUCGUGUCUCCAAAAAGUGCAGUGCAAAGAUGACCUGCAGAAUCACAUCUUCAUCAUUUUGAUCUUUUAAAAAUUUAAAAUCCUCAGUGUAGCAGCAGUGUACGACAAACUAUUCCUGUAUAUUGCCUUUUUGCUGGAAAAUGUAUGUUGAAUAAAAUUUUCUACAAAAAAAAAAAACUAAUACCCUGCAGCUUCUUCUACGAGCGGUUGACCUCAAUGAUGAACUUGGGUUGCACGACUAGUGGUCGACACGGGAGUUAAAGGUUGAUUACACAUUUUCAUGGAGAGCUUGGCUGAGGUGGAGGACUGAGACCUAAAGUGAUGCGGG